AUGCCGUUCAUUUUGACAGUAAACUUACGGAGAUGUAAUGCCUUGAUUGAUGUUGAAUUGAGUUCUCCCAUUGAUGUUGAAUCAAUUCCAGUUGGCACUAUUCGGGGUGCAACUGAAGAGAAUUCACCGAUUGGAGUUCAUGCUAGUUCUUCUAAUGCUAUGGAUGCUAGUUCUUCUAUUCCAGUUAAUCAGGACUUGUUGGGGAUUACAGUUGCUUCAAUUGAAGAAGCAUAUAAUUUAUAUAAUGAUUAUGCUUCAAGAUUGGGAUUUAGUGUUAGAAAGGGCAAGCAGUAUUACGUUCUCGACUUGAAAAGGAGUGGGGUUGCACUGUCGGAUGGCAUCCGGUUUUUGAAGCAUCAGUCUGGAGGUUCACCUUUCGUUGGAUUUACACCAAGGGAUGCAUAUAAUAGCCUACUUAUAGAUUCGAUAAAGAGCCUAGAUGGCACCGAUUCGAAUUCAUUAAUUGAGAUCUUUAGGCAGAGGCAAUUAAAUGAACCUAACUUUUUCUUUGAUUUUGAAGUGGAUGGCGAUGCAAGAUUGUGUAGUUUUUUUUGGAGGGAUGCAAGAAUGAAGGAGGAUUUUGUGUUGUUUGGUGAUUUAGUAGUACAUGACACAACGUAUCGUACUAAUAAGUACGAUAUGAUUUGUGGUCCCUUUGUUGGCAUGAAUCACCAUUGUAUGAACAUAAUGUUUGGUUGUGGGUUUUUAUUGAAUGAAAGGAUUGAAUUAUUUGUUUGGUUGUUUAAGACAUUCUUGCGAGCUAUGGAUGGUAAGUGUCCACAAACAAUCAUGACCGAUCAGUGUUCUGCUAUGUCUGCUGCAAUUUCACAAGUUUUCCCAAGUGCAAGACAUAGACUUUGUAUUUGGCAUAUUGGAGAGAAUUCAAAAAAGCAUAUCAAAGGUUUAAGGAGUCAAAAAGGCUUUAUGGAGUUAUUUAAUCUUCUAUUGAAGUACACGGACACUGAAGCUGAGUUUGAAUUUUAUUGGAAUAGGAUGGUGACAGAGUAUAAGUGCCAUACAAAUGCUUGGUUAGACAAAUUGUAUGAUAUUAGGGAGAAGUGGUGUCCUGCUUUUAGUAAAGAUUACUUUUCUGGAGGUAUUUUAUCGUCCCAACGAAGUGAGACUACAAAUCAUUCAGUUUCAAGAAGGUUAUCUAAAACAUCUGGGUUGUGUGAUUUUUAUAACUCUUUUGUCAAUGUGGUUUCUGAGUGGAGGAGUAAAGAGAAUGGAGAAGAUGUCCGGUGUUCUCAAGGGUUGCCUACAAUGGCAUUGGAUCAUGUGAAGCUUCUUUUACAUGCUAGGAAUGUAUACACCAUAGAGGAUAUGACAAUAUGUUGUACUUGCAAGUUUUUCUCAGAGAUGGGCAUCCUUUGUUCACAUUGCUUGCGUAUUUUUAACAUUCAUUGUAUUGAAAAAAUUCCCGAGAAAUAUAUUUGUAAUAUGUGGACAAAAAAGGUGGCUGAAGACAGGAUAAUGGAUAUUGCAUCAUCUUCUAGUACUUUUACCGUUGCUUCUCCAAUUUGGGUUAUAGAAAUGGGUAGAAAAUUGCAAAGGUUGGUUCUAUCAAGUCAAGACAAUUGCAAAGCUCGACAAGUCUGUGAAGAAAUUUUUGAAGAUGGUAGAAGAAGGAUUGAAGGUGAGGUUGGUCCCAUUUGCUUUGAUGAUUUGGAAAGACCCAUGCCAAGUGGUGGUAUACAAAAUCCAGAACGAAGUGGUGUAAAAGGUGUUCGUAAUCGAAGGCCAAUUAGUACACUACAAAAAAAGUAUAACCAAGCCAGAAGUCGAAAGAAUUAUGCAAAGACGGUUGAAAAAAACACAAAGGCUGCAGUCCAAUCUUCUGUGCAGCAAGUUGUUUCUGAUAUUGUUGGUAGUGGUUAUCUUGUUCAUCCUAGUGGCAAUAAUAGUUCAGAGUUGAUUUGUGUUAGGUCUAAGUCUCAAAACAAUUCAAAUGAUAAUUAG